ACACUCGACCCACCCCCCCCCACCACCCCCCUGCACGACAGCCGUGUCUCUCCAAGCCUGCCUGUGCCCACUCGGCCUCCUCCUGGCUCUCAGCUGCCUGACGUGGGCCGUGCCCAGAGGCGUCCACUCAUCACCAUCAUCAUCAGCAGCGGCAUCAUCAUCAUCAGCUGCAUCAUCAUCAUCAGCAGGGCAGCAGCUGCUGCUCCGCGCUUUGCUGCUCGCUGAGCUGGGCCAGGCGAGGCCCAGGGUGGAAUAUCCAGCGCUGCAGCCAGGUCUCAUCACGGGACCACAGCACAUCCAGGGUGGCGCCUACGAGGGGCUCCAGCAUCUGGGUCCCCUGGGCGACAUCAGCAACGUGGUGACGGCUCUGGGCGGAGACGCGGGGGGAGGCAGAGAGAGCCACGGAGCCCAGCGAUACCCAGAGCCACCCAACCCGUGCUCUCGCGGCCUCUCCGCCUCUGAUGGGUGUAUCGAGCGGAUGCCGGACACAGCCGCCUUUAGCCGCGACUAUCAGAACAGAGCGGCCAUCGUGAACUCUCACUCACAGGUUCUGAAGAGGAAUGACCCUUCCUCUGAGCUAUUCCUGGAAGAGAGGAUGCUUCUCAACCCCUAUCUGUCCGGGCAGAAGUUGGACAAUGUGGUGGCCAAGAAGUCAGUGCCAGAUUUCGCCGAUGACUUGGAUGAGUUUGAUGAUGGUGGUGAUGAUGGUGGUGAUGACGAUGGUGGAGAUGGUGGUGGUGAUGAUCGUGAUGAUGGUGGUGAUGGUGGUGAUGAUGGUGAUGAUGAUGAUGGUGGUAAUGCUGGUGGUGAUGAUGGUGGUAAUGCUGGUGGUGAUGAUGAUGAUGACGACGAUGCUGGUGAUGACGGUGGUAAUGAGAUGUGAUUUGGAUGGAGACAAUGGAGAUGGUGGUGGGAAUGAGAGUGGAGGUGGUGAUGGUGUUGAUGGUAUUUUGGUUGUUGUGUAUUUACGCGUACAUACAAACACACAGGCACACACACACAGACACACACACAGAUACACAGAGACAAAGACACACAAACAAACACACACACACACAUACAAAGACAAAGAUCCCCCCGUAUAGCCCUGUUGGGGCAAGUGCUGUUAGCGGGUAGCACCUAGGACAUACAGGCACAUAUACAUAGUCUCACACACACACGGACAUAAAGACAUGCAGAGAAGUACAUAUGUACACACACAAAAGGACACACACAGACACACACAGACACACACACACAGGGACACACACACACACAUACGCACAUUUUGCCAAGAUGAUUAUGAAACAGUUUUUCACUUUGGGCAUAUCUCUCUCACCUGGCGAUGGCUCAGUGUAGCUGACACGGCCAUGGUGAACUUCGCCGACACGGCCAUCGUGAACCCACUCACUGACACGGCCAUCGUGAUCCUCACCGACACGGCCACCGUGAACC